ACAUGUGAGGGGUAACAUGGAGGUCACAGGGCUCGGUAUGAGACUGAUGGUGAUGGCACUGUUUCUGCUCCUGGCUGAAGAUCAGAAAUGUUGCCAUGCUCAGAAAUCAGAAGGAGCUUAUCUUCAUGUUCAUCCUAAUAGACUGCAGUUCUUUGAAUAUGACCACAUCUCAUUCAACUGCUCGGGGUAUCAUGGCCCAGCAGAAUGGAGAGUGAUCAAAAAGCUUGGCUUAAAUUCUACUCAGUGGGAAACAUCAGCAAGAACCUUGUACAUUAAACCUGCCUUUAAGUCACACAGUGGAGAAUACUGGUGUGAAAAUGAAGACGGAGAGAAAAGCAGGAAUGUCAGCAUCACUGUCACUAAUGUGAUCCUGGAGAUUCCUGCUUUUCCUGUUAUGGAGGGAGAAAAUGUCACUUUAGGUUGUAGAAAAAAAGGAAAGCCUUCUAAUCUUCCAGCUGACUUUUAUAAAGAUGGCAACUACUUGGAAACUGGAUAUGCAGGAAAGAUAAUCAUUCCCAAUGUUUCCAAGUCUAACGAAGGACUGUACAAGUGCAGCUUUUCUGAAUCUCAAGGCAAAUCACCAGAGAGUUGGCUGACUGUUAAGGCUUAA